AUGAAAGACCGUGAGCGGGGGGAAAAGGAGCAGCAGCUGUCAGCGGCAGAGAAGAGACUGAAACUGGCUGCAGAAGAAACGCAGAACUACAGGCACCAAAUUGAUCAAAUGCGGCAACAAGUGCAGCAAGCAGAGUUCACCUUCAGACACCAGAUGGCUGUGUAUGAGAAGAAUGCUCACGACAAUUGGAUCAAGGCUCGGAUUUGGGAGAGGGAGAUAGCAGAGCAGAGCAGGGAAGCCGCCCACUUGAAACACAGAUUGGAGAUAAUGUCCAAAAAGAGGCUGCCCGAGGGAUACAGGCUGCACAAACCAACGUCGGGAAGACCUGGGAUGCAGAACCCUCCACAGAGAGAUCCGGGACCUGUUUCUGCGGCUGUGAGGAGCAGCAGCUCCGGGGGCAAGGUCAAUGUUGAGGCAAGAGGGCCUCCUCCUUUUGCAGCACCACCCUGCACAACCAACCCUGUAGGCUCUGGGCCACAUCUGUCUCCUCCAUCCUGGAGGCCUCUAGGCCCUCACCCACUGCCUCCACGUGUCCCACUCGGACACUCAUUUUGAAGGAGGACACUGAGCGGUGAUAAACUGGCUGUGGCAAAUUAUUAUGGUUUUUCUUGCCCAAUCCUGCCCCCUCCACUUUUAUCUUUCCUGUUGUCACCCCUAAUACACUCUUUACAGUUCUAACUCAGUAUCAGCGUCUGCUUUUUGGAGGACCAUCCAACUCACCCCAGGGAGUGUAUACAGUGUGAUUCUUGUACACACAGUUCAAAAACAGGCAGAAACCACGGGGAUGGGGCAGAAGCAAGGUUAUUCCUUGGGGGUACUCUUGACUGCAAGGGGCCUGAGAGAUCCUUCGGGUGGUGGGCACAUCCUACAUCUAGAUCUGGCCGUGGUUAUGUUUAUUCAGUCAAUAAAUACUCAGCACAUGGUGCCUGCCAGUCCCAGGGGUGUCUGGUGAUCAGAGAGACAGCUCUCUUUCCCCAGGAAGUGGCCAAUUUCUGAUGGUGGCGAAUAGAUAAGGGGCCAGGAGUGGCUCCAGGAGGCCAGUGAGGAGGCUCUGCAGUAAUCCAGGUUUUGCGCCCUUCACUCAACUUGCCAGCAGGCCCCCAAUAGCACCAAGUCCAGGCAGUCUUUGUGGGGGCUGAUGGCAGCAGAGUUUUUUGGUAAGUCCCAUGAGCUCCCAUAAUCCUCCCACAGGUUCCUUAUUGAAGGAUGGGCAAGGCAGAGGUCAAUGGCAUGGGACCCCCCCC